AUGCUCCGUCACCUCGUUGCUAUAGCUGAUGAUCUUCUUCCUCGUGUUUCUGGCCGUCCUGAUUAUCUUCGUCUUAAUGUUCAUCGCGAUCUCCGUAACCCUGGGGAUCGUUCUCUUCGUAAUCGUGUUGAUGAACUUGUUCUUGAUCUUCUUCUUAAUCAUGAUCUUCUUAGUUAUCUUACUCAUUAUGAAUAUGAUGAUGUUAUCUAUAGGCAUCGUCAUUAUCUUGUAGAUGAUCUGCUUGAUCGUAUGUGUGAUUAUCUUCGUUGUCGUCUCGAUAAUUCUCGUCGUGUUCUUCGUAAUAAUGACGAUCUUGAUGAUAAUGAUAAUUAUGCUGGUCAUGGUUAUAUUGAUCUUUAUGAUAAUCAUCGGUAUGUUUCUCGUGACGGUAAUGACGUUCUCCGUUUUGUUCUUGGUGCUCGUCCUAGUGGUGGUUAUUAUUAUGCAAGUGAUACUCACUAUCUUGAUAUUGUUGUUUGUACGCUGCAUGCUGCUCGUGCUGCGCUGAUAGACUAG